AUAUUUUUCCCUCCACGUAUUUUAACUCCCUAGAAUUAUAGAUUCACAUAUCUCGUUUCAUGAUAACCGAGCCCUAAUCUUCGCAGGUGUUAAAUCAACGAUCGGUCUUCGUCUUCUUCGAACCCUAGCCUAGCCCACCAGCCAUCUUCGGACGUCGGUUUAUGGGUUCAUUAUCAUCCCUACUCGCCUUUCUUUUUUCAUUGGUUCAUCUUCUUUGAUUUGCUGAAUGCUAAUUCUUUUAGACAAGUAACUGAGGUUAUAAUGAAGAUGGUAAAACUUUUGCAGAAGAUUCAAGUCUUACAAAUGGUGGUCAGUUUACAGAAGAUCCAAGUCUUACAAAUGUUCAUGAUCCUCAACAUCCAUGCAGAUAUGGAAACCAAGAAGCCAACUGUGAGAACCUAUGUGAAGUUGUGGACUGACUGGGCUCAAGUAUUAAUUAGUAGGUUUACACCAAACAAAUUUGGCAAGAAACGAGAGUUGCUACACAGAGAUAUUGACGACUUACUUGUGAUCAUAAUGCCGAUGCUUUCUAUAUCUGUAUUUGAAGUUGGACCUAAAUCUGGUACAUGUUAAUGUCGUUGAAUUUAUAAAAAUUUGUAUUUGUGCUACUCCCUAUUGAAUAUAAAUAUUGGAUUGGUGUAUUGA